CAUUUUUUCUUUUACCAGGGAAAAAGGUGGCUAGGUUCGCUUCAGUUCGUUCAUCAGCUUUUCGUGCUUCUGCUGUGGCAGCUCGUGCGGCAAACCCCAACACUGACUGUUCUACUCUAAUCAACUGUCAUUCUUCUGGGAAAGGAGCCACACAUAAUUCUAGUCUAGAAAAUAGUGUUGGAGAAGUAGGGAAUCAGCAAUCUCUUACCAGUAUAUUUGUUGAAGAGAAAAAUGACUUAAGAACAGCAAACAAAACAGCGAGGAAGCUUUUCAUUGAGGAUUUGCCUGAAGAAAAUUGUCAUUCUACUGAUGGCAAUGUCGAUCUGGGGAAUUUGAGUUAUAUUGACUCUCAAGAACCUGGCGAGGCAUCCCAGGCCAGUGCUCUUAACUUGGUUGAUAAGCUCAUUAGUGAGUGCCGUCUAGAGUUUGAUUUUGAAGUUGAAGCUGACUAUGGAAGGAAAACAGAAGAAAAAUCAAAAUUUGUUCAGAUUUUUAAAGGUCCACAAGAAUUAGCAAAGAAAGUAAGUUACAAAAGCGGAGCUGUUGGAAACGAUAUUUUCGACUGGGAUGAUAAUCGUGAGGAUGAAGGAGGGGGUGAUAUCUAUCGUAGAAGAAAAGAUGAAUUCUUUGGCGUUGCAAGUAAAAGACGGGAAUUUUCUAGCUUGCCUAGAGAACAGAAAAGAGAACUGAUACCAGUUGCUGUGGAUAAAAGAAGGGCUUCUGAUUCCAAACUGUUGCAGCAUAGUGUGACUAGGAGCCGAAAAAAUAUCCAGGGUGCUAAAAAGAAUCUUGGCAAAGAGUUAGAUGAAGUUCGUGAAGCGGUAGUUUUAGGGAAUUAUACACAAGUGGCUGCUGAAGCGAUUGAUGAUCUGUCCUCUGGAGCCUGUGGCAAGUUUGAUGCUGAGGCGAGUUGUCUUACAGGAAAGAAACUGUCACCAGGAGAAGAGAGAGGAUUUUCUCCCGGUGGAGUCGUUACUAGACAAUCCAAGGGAACUAAGAGGAUUCAGGCUAUGAGUAAAGAUGAAUUGUUGAAAAAAAGAAUGAAGAAGGCUAGUCCAAGUCCUGCUAAAGCUUGCCGGAGGAAUAUUGAAGGGUCUUUAAAGGGUGACCAGCUUGAUAAAGAAGGUCCAUGCUUCUGGAAGAGUAGGAAGGUCCAGACUGCUUCACGAGAAACUAAAAAGAAUCUUGUUGACGAGUUGGAUGAAGUUUCUAAGGAAAGCAAUACAGAAAUUUUUGAUAGGCAUGAAGAAGCAGAAGCAGGCCCUGAUACACAAAUGGCUGCUGAAGUGAUGAAUGCUCUGCACUCUGGGGACGGCAGGGAAAUUGAUCCUGAGCCAAAUAAUCUAAUAGGUAAGAAAUUGUCACCGGAAGGAGGCAUUUCUAGUUGUGGAGUCGUUACCAGAAAAUCCAAAAGGAUCAAGGGGAUUCAGGCUGUGGAUAGUGAUGUUGAAUCAUUGAAACAAAAAACCAAGAAGGCUAGAUCAAUUCUUGGUAAGUCUUCUGAGAAGAAUAUGGAUAGGUAUUCGAAAAAUGACAAAGUUGAUAUGCCAGAUGAAGCUGUUGUGUCAACUACAGAGAAGAGGCAAGGAGAAUUAUCAAACAAACAUUGUAUGUCUAAGUUACUUAAGAAAUCAAGUAGAGGUGAAGCUGAGGUGUUGAAUUAUCCCAAGCGGAGAAGAUCAGCUCGUAUUUCACAAGAUCAGGUUAAUGAGGCAGGGAGGAGUUCAGACCCCGCGUUUGAUACUCCAGUUAAGUCUAAGACGCCGUCAACGAAUGUAUCGCCUAUAUGCAUGGGUGGUGAGUAUCAUAGACUUUCUUGCAAGGAUUCAUUUACAUCACACACUACAAGGGAAUUUCGUAGCUUAACCUUACCAUUAGCGGAACCUAUCUCCAAGACAAAGAGUACUAGAAAGAGAAGAGAUUUGGGUAGUAUACGUGUCCUGUUCAGCCAGCAUCUUGAUGAAGAUGUGACCAAGCAUCAGAAGAAGAUUUUGGCAAGGUUUGAUAUCUCGGAAGCUUCCUCCAUGAAGGAGGCAACACACUUCUUAGCUGAUAACUUUACGCGCACAAGGAACAUGCUAGAGGCAAUCGCUUCAGGCAAGCCAGUGGUCACAACACAAUGGCUUGAAAGCAUCGAUCAAGUAAGCAUAUACGUUGACGAGGAUAUGUAUAUACUCAGAGAUUCAAAAAAGGAGAAGGAGUUCUGUUUCAACAUGGGGGUUUCUUUGGCUCGUGCACGCCAGUUUCCGCUACUACAGGGGAGAAGAGUUUUUAUCACCCCAAAUACAAAGCCUGGUUUAAACACAAUCACGACUUUGGUUAAGGCUGUUCAUGGACUGCCUGUAGAAAGACUCGGAAGAUCUGCCCUAAGUGAAGAUAAGGUCCCAGAGAAUCUUCUGGUCUUAUCAUGUGAAGAGGAUCGCGCUACCUGCAUACCGUUUCUAGAAAGAGGGGCCGAGGUAUAUAGCUCGGAGUUACUACUGAAUGGGAUAGUUACUCAAAGGCUUGAGUAUGAGAGGUACCGUCUCUUCACAGACCAUGUGAGAAGAACGCGGUCAACGAUAUGGAUCAAAGACGGCAAAGGUAAGUUUCAACGCCGUAGCGGGUAAAAGAGGAAAUGUGAUCAAACUCAUAUAUGAGAGCUCUGUUUUAGAUUAGAUUAGAAAGUGGCUGUAUAUGUAACAUGUUUGGCUUCAACUCGUGUAAUUAUAAUCUGUUGGGUUUUGAGUGUUAAGUCAUUAUGAAAAUUUGAAAAGAGGAACGAUAGAGAUUUUUAAACGAAUA